AAGGCGAGCGGCCCCAUGCCGCGGGCUCUUGUGCUGCUGUUUCCCCCCCAUCUCCUCCCCUCCGCAGCAGAGCCCGCCCCGCCGCCGCUCUGGGGGCUGCGCCGCGCCGCUGGAGCUGCCCCGCGGAGCUCUGGGUUGUGGUGGCUUCGGCGAGCGCAGUCCGUGCGCGGCGCUGCCGAACGGAGGGAAGAGCGGACGGUGCCCGACGCGCCGCUGCCGGCCCUGGGAGGACCCUUCCCCCGGCCCCGCCGGCUCCGUUCUGCCCCGUGGGCGGGACGUGCGGGGCCGCGGCCCACCCGGCCGGGGGGGAGGGUGUGCGGAGCGGAGCGUCCCGGGAACGGCGGGGCUCGUCAGGCACAUGUAACUUCUUUAAAGUUAAAAAAAAACAACACCCCACCCUGGCUUUUAGUACGUUUGCAGGAUCAAGCAGAACAGUUCUUUAGAAGUGGACAUACAAAUAACUGGGCAGUUUUGGUGUGCACAUCUCGAUUCUGGUUUAAUUAUCGUCAUGUGGCAAAUACUCUUUCGGUGUACAGAAGUGUCAAGAGACUGGGCAUUCCUGAUAGUCACAUUGUCCUGAUGCUGGCAGAUGAUAUGGCAUGUAAUCCCAGAAAUCCCAAACCAGCUACUGUGUUUAGCCAUAAAAACAUGGAGCUAAACGUGUAUGGAGAUGAUGUGGAAGUGGAUUACAGAAGCUAUGAGGUUACUGUCGAAAAUUUCUUGCGUGUAUUAACAGGAAGAAUCCCCCCAAGCACACCACGGUCUAAACGUCUUCUUUCUGAUGACAGAAGCAAUAUUCUAAUAUAUAUGACAGGCCAUGGUGGAAAUGGUUUCCUAAAAUUUCAAGAUUCUGAAGAAAUCACAAAUGUAGAACUUGCUGAUGCCUUUGAACAAAUGUGGCAGAAAAGAAGGUACAAUGAAUUGCUGUUUAUUAUUGAUACUUGUCAAGGAGCAUCCAUGUAUGAACGAUUUUAUUCACCUAAUAUAAUGGCCUUGGCUAGCAGCCAAGUUGGAGAAGACUCUUUAUCGCAUCAACCUGAUCUAGGGAUUGGCGUUCAUCUUAUGGACAGAUACACAUUCUAUGUGCUAGAGUUCUUGGAAGAAAUUCAUCCAGCCAGUCAGACAAAUAUGAAUGACCUAUUUCAGGUCUGUCCAAAAAGUUUGUGCGUUUCCACACCUGGGCACCGAACUGAUCUCUUUCAGCGGGACCCUCAAAAUGUUCUGAUAACAGACUUCUUUGGCAGUGUGAGAAAGGUAGAAAUUACAACAGAGACAAUUUCUUUGGAUCCUGACUUAGCUGACUUUGAAAGGAAGCUUCCAAAGGAUGAGUUGGCAACAGAGCCACUAAAAUAUGCUGAACAGCUUCCUGUAGCUCAGAUAAUACACCAGAAACCAAAACAAAAGGACUGGCAUCCUCCCGGAGGAUUUAUUUUAGGACUCUGGGCAUUGAUCAUCAUGGUUUUCUUCAAAACAUAUGGAAUCAAGCACAUGAAACACAUCUUCUGAAUUCGAGCAAGCAAGAUGAUUGCGUUGACUGCUACUUUGUCUUCAUUGGUGUCAUCUGAGUGCUCUGUACGUGUAUUAGAGUCGUAGUGAGAAACGGUGUUGAGCUCUCGCUCCUAAAGGUUCUUCUGAAGGCGUCUCUUCUGCCUCCUUUUCUGAAAAUAGUCUAACAAAUGGUUUUAAUGUUUAACGUUUUUGUCACUUUGUCUUGUUUUAAACAUAUUUUAAUGCUUUUCUGAGCAAUUUUUCUUCCUGGUUAAACUUAAAGGGGGACCUAAACAUAGUAACAGAAUUUCUGAGGUUGAUUGUGAAUUGUAAAUGGGCAAAUUUUCCCCCCAUACUUCAAAGUAAAUCUUAGAAGUAGUCAACCUAUCACUAAAGAACUAGACAUUGUGCAGAACGUUAUUUAAGAUGUCAUUUUAUCAAUAAAAACAUAAGCCACUUUGCAGACUUUGGCAUGAUGUAUUGAAAGCUUUAUUCACAAAAAUAAAAAUCCUCUAGAAUAUA